AUGUCUUUCCUCGGGCCAAGGAGCCCUUUCCAGGCAAGCAGAGCCUGCCGAUUCAAUAUUCGAACCGUUCAAUCACAAAAACGACACUUCAGCAGGACACCAUUUGCUGCGGCAUCGCUGACCGCGGAAGAGGUCCAAGGCGCUCACAAAUACUGUGUUGCUUUACUCUCGAGGUUUCUCACUAUCAGAAAGUAUGACCGACCCUCCUACACACUGAGCACCUUCAUCCCGCGACAUGCCCAAUCAUUCUAUAUAGCGCUGCGCGCAUUAAAUGUCUCCCUCUCCAUGAUCCCCGACACAACUUCUUCUCCCACAAUCGGACUGAUGCGACUCCAAUUCUGGCGCGACGCCGUAACGAAAAUCCUGGCCGGAACACCACCAAAAGAACCCGUUGCUAUUUUGCUUGCAUCCGCCAUCUCCGAGCUCCAUGAACGUACGCAGGGCCGCGCGCGGAUAAGCAAGGGCUGGUUGACUCGUAUAAUUAACUCGCGAGAGCAAACCUUAACCAACGAUCCAUACCCAAAUAUCGCGGCGCUCGAGUCCUACUCCGAGAACACAUACUCGACGCUCAUGUACCUCACUCUAUCUGCGUUGCCCAUGGCUUCGGUAACUGCCGACCAUGUUGCAUCCCAUAUUGGAAAGGCAGUGGGAAUUACAGCUGUGUUGCGUGGAUUGCCGUUUGUUGCAUUCCCCGCACCGGCUGCUCAGGCACCCCCUGGCGGGGCUGCGAACGCCAUUGGUGGGGGUACGAAGCAGGGCGCUGUGAUGCUGCCUCUGGAUGUUAUGGCACAGGCAGGCGUGAAGGAGGAGGAUGUCCUCCGGUACGGAGCUCAAGCCGAGGGCCUCCGGGAUGCGGUCUUCACCGUUGCGACGCGCGCAAGUGAUCAUUUAAUCACCGUGCAGCAGAUGUUGAGUAAUCUGAAGGCGGGAGAGGAUGUUGGCCAUGACUUCGAGCAUGAGGGCGAAGAGGGACAUGAAUACGAUGUCUCUUCGAGUGCUCGAAGCGGCGAGUCGCCUCUUGAUGAGAUCAACCGGGCGUUUGGUGUCUUCCUGCCGGCGGUUGGCACACGUUUGUGGUUGGAUCGCUUGGAAAAGCAAGACUUUGAUAUUUUCAGCCCGGAGUUACUUAAAUCAGACUGGCGACUUCCGUGGAAGGCCUACUCGGCUUAUCGACGGAGGUCUCUUGACUGA